UAGUGAUCCAUUUUUUGUUGAACUUGAACAAUAUUUUAGAAGCUUUAUUCUAAAACUACAUUCAUCUCAAAUUUAUUUACCGGACCUGCCAACCGAUUCUUCAUUUAGUAUCAGACUACAAACCAGUUUUAACUUAAGUGUAGAAUUUAAUGAAAACCCUUCAUUUGAGGAAUUUCCUUGGGUUGAAGAAAGCAAAUCUGAUAUUAUAUCUGAAGAUAGACUGUCUAUAAUACCAGUGUAUACUGUAGAUACACAGUGUUUGAAAAUACAAAUACUUAUAGAAACACCUCAAUUACCUUAGUUAUUAUGGAGUCUAAAGAAGAAGUCUUGAAGGCUAAAAGUUUGGCAGUGUUUGAGAAUGUGAUAACCAAAGGAAAGCAGCAGAGCAAAUGUAAGAAAUUUAGAACAAACAGAUUCUCCGAUGAUGACUCUUCACAAUCUGAAAAUGAUCUUGUGAUUGUUGAUGAAAUGAAAGACGAGGAAACAAAGAAAAGAAAACAUUGUGUUAGAGUUACAUUUAAACAAGAACCUCUCAACAUAAGUUGUUUAUGGGAUAAUUGCUUGGAAACAUUUACAAAUUUUGAAUUAUUCUAUAAUCAUUUAGCAUGGCAUGUUGAACAAAUAGCAGACGAUUUUGAGUGUAAAUGGAUCAAUUGUCCCAAUCCAGUGGACUUGGGAUCAUACGACAAACUGCUGAAACAUAUAAUGUAUCAUGGUUAUUAUGCCAGAUUGGUUAAUAUAGGGGAAAAUAUUAUCCAAAGGAACAAUCUGCCAGAAUGCAGAGUAAAAUCUUUCUAUUCUAUUGAUGUUGACACUAAAAGCUAUCUAUGCGAAUGGGAAGAGUGUGGUCAUAAUAGCAAUACAAUUUUGGAUUACUUUUUUCAUGUGGAAUGUCAUGCUAAGGCAGCUCCAUCUGGUAAGAAGAAGGGUGAAAAUGUUGUUAUUGAAUGUCAGUGGAAACUUUGUAAACAAAGGUUUUCUACACGCUACAGAUUAUCAGACCAUUUAAAAGUUCACACUAAAGAAAAAAUGGUCGCCUGUCCUGAAUGUUACACUUUAUUUUCCACAAAACUUACUUUUUCUGAUCAUAGAAACAGACAAUUAAAAAGCGACUUAAGAAGUUAUCAAUGUUCACAAUGUUUAAAACUAUUUUCCAGUGAGCGAAUUCUGAGUGAACACAUGAAAGCUCAUAUAAACCAAUACAAAUGUAAUAUGUGUGAUAUGACCUGUCCUAAGCCUUCUAUGCUAGCUAAGCAUUAUAGGUACAAGCAUAUGGACAUAAGAAGUUUUGCUUGUUCGUUCUGUGAUAAAAAAUUUGUAGCAAAGUGUAAUUUAAAUACUCACCUUUUGACACACCAAGAGAAACCGUUUAAAUGUGAUCAGUGUGAAUUUGGAUGUAAAAGUAAAAUCGGAUUGACCAAUCACAUGAUUAAAAUUCACGGAAAGGAAACUACCUAUUAUGAGUGCCAGAUCUGCAAAACCCCUUUCUUGCGUGGCUGUUAUCUAACCAAACAUUUGAUGAAUUUUCACAAGUUUCAAUGGCCAUCUGGUCAUUCGCGUUUCAGAUAUAGGAAGGAUUCUGAUGGAGUGUUUCGUUUGCAAACGGUUCGGUACGAAAGUUUAGAAGUUACGGAAGAAAUGAUAAAAAGCGAGUCAAUGAAGCCCGUUGAAAAAAGGAAAAUAACUACUUAUAAUUUGGUUCGGGAUGAGACUGACGGUAGUUACAAGUUGACAUUGAUGGAGGAGGAAGAACAGACUGUGAAACAAAUCGAAAAUUUGGAUAUUGCUGAAGAUAGAACGGUAGAAAAUCGGGAAAUUAUUGUUACGAUUGAAGACGUUGACGAAAAUGGAGUGAUCAUUAAGAGCGAGGAGAUUGAAGUGGGCGAAAUUAUUAUUAGUUAACUUUUUUUGUAUUAUUAUGAAUUUAUUAAAU